AUGGGCCAGCCACCAGCGAAAUUGGCGUCGGCCGCAUCGAUCCACUCGCUCCGUGAUCUUGAGCAUUCCGACGACGACGCCGAAGACGACCUCCUCGACGUCCCUCCAUCCUACGAACAAGUCACGGCCCAAUCUUCGCAGACACCAGCGAGUAGCAAUUCCAAUCCAGUCAACAAUACCACCCAUCGCACCGUCCACCUGAUCGACGUCGACAGCAACAUCCUCGGCGGCCAGCGUGCCGUCAGCGUCGCGUCGCGAGUCCGCGAUUCAACCAUUGUGACAUUACAACCUGAACUCUCCACCAGUGCACACCAGCUGUACGAGGCCUUUGCGCAGCAGAUCUGUCUCCCGCCGCGUCCGCAGAUUUCGAUUUCCGGAUCACAUACCGAUUCAACCAAGAAGAAGCAGGACAAAAAGAGCGGGAGCGAUGUGGUGACCGACUUUAAUUUCCGCGUGGAUCUGGCGGAGACGCUUUUGAAGGGGUGGGAGACACCUGAGGGUUCUACGGACUGGCAUAAUGUCGAGGUGGCGAAUGACUCGGAUGGGAUCAAGACGUAUCGUGGGACGAGGUUGAAGACAACCACGUACACACCACAGAACAAAUCACGCUUUGGUCCGAUUCAAUUGCCUGAUGGUGAUCGGGAGGGUCCCCGGCAAGAGACCGACUCGGGAGUCGACAUUGAUGAUGAUGACGAUGAAGAGCGUCGCCUCGUUGAACCAGACAGAGAACACGAGCAGGAUCGGCGAGAUAAGAGAUUCGAGACCAGAAAGCACCAGGAGGAUUUCAUGGAAUGGUGCGAGCGAUUCUGCAAGGACCCGUCUCCUGUCAAGUCGUUCACAUUAAAGCGGCACGUCAGCAACUUCAACCACCAAGCAGUGAUUGCCUGUCUAAAAUCGCAUAUCCGCGAAACAAACUACCGGGGCAAUAUUUCGAUGCAACUGGUCGUUUCCAAGAGCACAAUCACUGUCUAUUCACCACACUGGAUCAACAAGCUCCGCAACCAUGGUGUUGCGUAUUGGGUAUUCAUCAUCUCUCAGCUGUGGAUUUUCGCAUGGCCGGUCAUUUGGCUUCUUGAGAGACGCUACGAAGUGGUAGACUCGACCUGGUACGCAUCGCAUGGGGCCGAAGCCCACCGCGAUUAUUCUAUGGCAAGACAAUACGCCCAGGGCCGCGACGAGAACACCUUGGGUGAAUUUUGGGCGCCCGCUGUCAAACAAGCUGCAUGGGCGCGCCGCACAAACUCUGAGAUUGUUUCGCUGGCUGAUGCUGAGCGGCUGCAAGGGUUGACGACCGAGCAGCUCCUGCUGGGGGUUUCGGCCGACACCGAGGCAGAAGUUGAGCGACGACAGAGAAUGCAGCGGGGCGAGGGAAGUUUUUUGGAUUCUGUUGUUGGACUGGCGCGGGGGGUGAGUGAGGUCAGACAGGAAUGGAAUAUUAGCAUGGGAUGGGGUGGAAAUGUGUGA